AUGGGGGCCAUCCAACCCCCUAAUCCGUAUAUUUUGCUGCGCGCCGCGGGCGCCAUAGCUCGGACAAACGGUUGUGGCUCUGGCGCAGCUGCAGAUCUUGCCAGUGAAUUCCCCGUCGUCAAAAUGCCGAGGAUAAUAUAUGGGACUGCUUGGAAAAAAGAGAGCACGGCGGAGCUGUGUCAUAUGGCGCUUCGUGAGGGUUUCAGGGGCUUCGAUACAGCUUGCCAACCAAAGCACUACAACCAGCGAGGUUUAGGAGAGGCUCUAUCAGAGGCGUUUUCACAAAUGAAUAUCAAAAGAGAUGAACUGUACAUACAGACCAAGUUUACACCAGUUGGCGGGCAAGACCCGAACAGUAUUCCCUAUGACCCCCAGCUGCCGAUUCGUGAACAAGUCAAGAAGAGCAUACAGGUCUCACUAAAGGAGCUAGGCUUGGACUACAUUGACGCGGUGCUACUGCACUCUCCCCUGGACACCAUGGAGGAGACUUUGGAGGCCUGGAGAGGUCUCGAGGCAGCCGUGGACUCCGGCUACGUGCGAGUCUUGGGGAUCAGUAACUGCUACUCGCUGAGCGACUUACAACAGCUGCACAGCGCAGCCAAAGUUAAACCUGCAAUUGUACAGAACAGGUUCUACGCAGCCACAGGCUACGACGCAGAGCUCAGGGCCUGGUGUCGCGGCAACCAAGUGGUAUACCAAGGCUUCUGGACCCUUACGGCCAAUCCCCACAUCCUGCGGAACCCUGUCAUCACCAGGAUAGCCAGCAGGCUCAGAUGCUCUCCAGAACAGCUGUGGUUCCGCUAUUUAAUACACCGUGAUAUUGUGCCUCUGGCUGGCCCCAAAGAUGUGAACCAUAUGGAGGACGACAUGGAGUGUGUCAAGAUGCCUCUGCUUCAGUCCUUGUGCGACCGGCUGGAUGCAGUGUUGCCAUGCAGCGAAUAA